UGGCGUCCGUUUUGCACAAAGUUGGGAUCCCGGUGUGCGACUACGCUACAGUACGCUUCAUGGAUGUAAAUAGCUCUCACAUUCUUGCUAAACUGUAUGGUGAGGACAGUGAAAUUUUUGAAGUAGCCAAAAUAUGCCUAUCGGCAACUGGUAGUGGAGAGCUCCUCCAGAACGAGGACGGUUCAAACCAAAUAGACGAACUUGUGGAAACAUUGGAAUCUAAAAGGAAGGAAAUAUGCAAUUCGAUUCCGGAGCCGGAAGAAACUGACUUCAAUUUCCUCGACUUUAAAAACCUUGAUGAGGAUGCAAGGCACCAGAGUUGGGCAGUAUUAUCGACGGAGACUACCGCCGGAACUUUUGAGGAAAUCAUCCAGAGCGGUAUCCAAGAUUUAGAUUCCACAGUGACAAUAUCCGGCUCUAAGAAAAAAAUAUAUGGUAUGGAAAGUGCUAGAAGCGCAAUCAGACCUUGGAGAAUCAGCAUCAGCAACGCAUCAAACCCGGGGAGCUUGAUUAUCACAAGCGAGGCACCCACUGAUGAACAACUUAACCAGUGGGCUACAGAGUGCAACAAAGCUAAGGGUCAAGUGGAAUGCGACAAGGUAAAGGCAGGCGUGCCGAUACUGAAAAAAAGGAUUUCCCUGCUGAUUUCCCCUGCCCAGUGCUAUUCUAGCUCAAGUGGAUCUGUUGGGAGACCCUGCUCAGUUAAAGAGCUUAUGGGAGGUUCGGGUGAAUCCAGUGUGCCCCAAAAUGCUCUUGACCGAUCAGUUACCGCUGCUGCUGACUCAGUGAAGCGCCUGAGAGUCAAGAUUGAAACCAGCAAAGAUGCAGCAUGCGCUGUGGCGGACGAAAGCAUUACCACUGUACAAAACGAAGUGCUCAAGCUUAAACAGGGCAGCAACUGCAAAUUCACACGGGACCGGAUGAUCCGACUGACCAAUCACUUGUGUUACAAUGCUAUAGAUAGCCUAAGUACAGUGACUGCGCUAUAUUUUAUACUGGCCCUUGCGAUGAUGCUGCUGGUAACGGUGCUUCUUAUCCUUAUUAUCGAGUUACGUGAUAAUGAUAAGUACGGAUCCACACAGUGUGCUCCCGCAGAAGACCACUCAGUAGAAAAAGCGGGUUCAGAUGUUGAGGCUCCCGUCGUGGCCAAUCCAGAAGAAACGAAAGAAGCAGAUGUUGAUGGCGCCGUCGAUCCGGAUACUGUUCAUGAAGUCCCUCCAGCAGCCUCGGAAGAUCCGGAAGCAGCACCGCAUAGCCCGGAGAGUGCUUCAAAGGAAGAUUUGAAAGCAACUGAGGAGGGCCCGUAG